AUGAACUCGAACAAAGAAAAAGUUGUGACAUGUCUUGACAAAAGAACGAUUGGAAUUAUUCUUCUUAUUAUUGUCAAUGUUUUGUGGGUUUUGUCGUCAGAGUUAACAAGGGUGAGUUAGUUUUUAAUAUUGAAAAUCUGAAAAAAAAUAUUUUAUUUUAGUACAUUUUCGUUGACGAAAAUUUCAAACGGCCAUUCUUCACAGUUUAUAUAAAAUCAUGUACACUUAUAAUUUAUAUGAUAAAAUAUCUGAUUUCCGAAGCACACGACGAAAAUGCGUAUAAAGUUAUGGUAAAUGAUCAAAGCUUGUCGGACACUGAAAGUUAUGAAUUAUCGUGUGAAUCGCUGAGUUUGGAAGGUUUUGAAACAGUUGCCGAGGAUUCCGAUGUUGAAUGAAUCGUUUCAUGAAGGCGAAUUUGAUGAGAAACGAAGCAAGAAAAUACGAUUUGCACAAAGGAAAGAGGUAGGAAAAUAUUGAUUUUUUUAAAAUGUAUUUCUUAAAAUUAAAAUCUGUUCAGAUUCGCCGAAUGCCAUCUUCCAAUGCAGAUGAUCAACGAAAAGCUAGACUACCUUAUAAACAUCCUUCAAUCGAAUGUCAAAUUUAUCGAUUUCCUAGACAUAUCAAAUAUACAAUUUUCUUUUUUGCCCCUUUGGUUAGUUCUUUUUUUAUGGGUCUCUUUUUUGUUGAAUAAUAACAAAUACUUGCAGUGGUUAGUAUGUUCAUUCACAUAUCAAGCAGCUCUUGCAUUUACAUCGGUCUCAAGUCUAAAUCUAGUGUCAAGUUCCUCUUCCGUCUUUAUUCUAGCGUUUGCUAUUUGUUUGCCUAGUUCUAGUAAUAAAUUUACACUUUAUAAGGUGAGAAAAGCUUUCAACUUAUUAUUUAUGAUAAAAGUUUUCAGUGUAUUUUGGUUGCGAUGAAUAUAGCUGGAGUUCUCAUCGUUUCUCAUUAUAUGCCAUCUUUUCUUGGCGCGUUUUUCGCUCAAAUUUCUGCCGUUGCUUAUGCUGUUUAUUUAUUUGCAUUCAAUCAUUUUGAAGAGAAAUAUGGAAAAUUGAGUAUAAAUUUGAUGUUUGGAACAAUUGGAAUAUUAGCAAUUAUAGUCGGCACACCAACUUUGAAUAUAUUAGAUAAACUUGGAAUUGAAUCAUUGUAUCCUUUGCCGAAUUCUACGCAGCUUGGAUCAAUUUUGCUUUCAGCGCUGAUUGGUUGGUUUUUUACAUUGAAAAAUGAUUAAUUAGAAAAAAUCAAUAUUCUUUAGGCACUCUCAUUGCUGAUUAUUUAUGGCUAAUUGCUGCUGGAAUGUGUGAUUCUCUAACUGCUUCUUUAUCGCUGACAAUAUCAAUUCCUCUUUCAUUUCUGGCAGACACAGUGAUCCGAGAUAAAGCGCCAACUAUGAACCAAUUGAUUUCAUCGAUUCCAAUAACAUUGGCUUUCGUCGGUGCUGCUUAUGCUCAAAAUUCUUCCGCUGGCGGAACAACAAAUCUACGGAUACGAAAAAAUACCAAACACAAAACUUCUGACGAUCGCAUAAAUUUGAUUGACGCUGAUAAUGAGGAUGAUUGA